CGCUGAAAUAUUGGUGGCAAAGAAACACAGAUUAACACCACCUAACACCAAACUUUCUCUCACUAACCGUUAAAUAACCAUAUCAUACCAUUUUUUAGAGAGAGAAACACAGGGUGUGAGAGCGAUGACAACAGCUUCACUGUGUUCAUCAACAACUCAAAUCAAUGGGUUUGGAGCAAGUCUUAGACUUCAAAAGAAUCAUCUUUUUUGUCAACCCGGUUCUGUUACUCUUUCAAGGAGAAAAAUUCAUACUGUAGUGAAGGCAAGUGCUCGGGUUGAUAAGUUCUCUAAAAGUGAUAUCAUCGUUUCCCCAUCUAUUCUGUCGGCUAAUUUCGCAAAGCUAGGAGAGCAGGUAAAAGCAGUGGAGUUGGCAGGUUGUGACUGGAUCCAUGUUGAUGUAAUGGAUGGUCGCUUUGUUCCAAACAUCACCAUUGGACCUCUAGUGGUUGACGCUUUGCGCCCAGUGACAGAUCUUCCUUUGGAUGUGCAUCUGAUGAUUGUGGAGCCUGAACAACGAGUACCAGAUUUUAUUAAGGCUGGAGCUGACAUUGUCAGUGUUCAUUGUGAGCAAUCUUCUACCAUCCAUUUGCAUCGCACAGUAAAUCAGAUAAAAAGUCUUGGAGCAAAAGCCGGAGUUGUCUUGAACCCUGCUACCCCACUGAGUGCUAUAGAUUAUGUCCUUGAUGUGGUUGAUCUAGUCUUGAUUAUGUCGGUGAACCCUGGUUUCGGUGGGCAAAGCUUUAUUGAGAGUCAAGUAAAGAAAAUCUCUGAUUUGAGAAGAUUGUGCGCAGAGAAGGGAGUAAAUCCAUGGAUUGAGGUGGAUGGUGGAGUUGGUCCCAAGAAUGCAUACAAGGUUAUUGAGGCUGGGGCUAAUGCUCUAGUGGCUGGUUCAGCUGUAUUUGGGGCCAAAGAUUAUGCAGAAGCUAUAAAAGGAAUCAAAAACAGCAAAAGGCCAGUAGCAGUACCAGCGUGAUUUAGCGCCAGAAGAUCUCAUUUGAUUAAGGGCUGGUGAUAUUCAUUCUUGCAGAUUAUUCAGAAAGUAGAUAGAAAAGCAGCUUCAUGUUGUCAGCUGUACAAUUGCUUCUUUGGUUGAGUUCACUGGGAUUGCAGAUAAGACAAUAAGGAACGAGGUCUGCAGCGAGGAUGCUGCUGAGAAUAUAAUGUGUAACAUAUGUCCAUUAUAUAGGGAUUCAAUAUUCAAACUCAUGUGAAGUAGUACGUUAUAACAAUCAAUAGUUCCAUUAAAGUUCAAGUAGAA